ACAGUUAGACUUUGUGAUCCGUUUGCCCCUCCAAUAAAUGGGUCCUUAGUUGGUGUCUGCAACUCUGAAUACAACUCAAUUUGCCGCAUCAAAUGUAAUGAAGGUUAUGAAUUAGAAGGAGGAAGUGCGCAUGCGGAGAGAAAGUGCAUCGUGAAUAAAAACAAUCACAUGGAGUGGACAGGAGGACUUCCUUAUUGCUCUCGUAAGAUAAACGUCAUGUGAUCCCAUAGUUAGUAGAGGAGUCUGGUUAUGAAAGCCGGCAAACAUCAAAUUUGAAACAACGGAACAAUGUUGGAACGGUCCCUGAUCGUGCACAAUUUUUUUGUUUUUGCUCACAAAUUGUGACUGAAUAGAUUAAUGCGAUGUUUCUAUUGGUCAGUGGGUUCAAAAAUGAUAGGAAUGCGAUUGAACGGAGUCGAACAGCUUUCAUAAUCAUUCCACUUUAACUACGGUGAUCCUGAUGCCAUAAGCGAUUGAUAUCAAGCUGACCCUACACAUUUUUGGGGGCCUCAUUGCCCAAAAUACCCUAGGCCUAUUGUGCAUGUUCGUAUUUCGGGACGACAAAUAGAUUUUGAUUUCUUCAAACUUAUGUAGGAUAAAUAGAUGAUGAUGAUGACGUUAAUGAUGAUGAUGAUGAUGAUGAUGAUGAUGAUGUCUUUGAAGCAAUAAGUUACUACCAUUACCCUACUUAUUUUAGUUUUAGCUAUAACAUGUCCAAUAAAUCGUGUAUCUUCUAUUUUAUUCUUAGCUAUUAGAUGUCCACUAGUUCAUGUAUCUAACGCCAAUCCACCUUCUGGAGUGUGUUCAUCAGCUCCUUAUGUCCCGCGCUACAAGACCCGCUGCUCCUUUAAAUGUGAUCGUGGGUACCGGCUAAAAGGCUCCAAGGAGCGUGUUUGUCAACUCGACAAAACUUGGUCUGGAAUUCCAACGAUUUGUGAAGGUAUUGGAAUGUGACUCGACUAAAAUAAAUUUUAUGAUUAAAUGUGUUCUGUUGGCGGUCAGCCGUGUAAAACGCAGACUGCGGACUAUUUUUUUCACCAUACAAAUAAGUACGUGACAAUAAUAGUCCCAUUGUACCCUAAAAACAAUAGUCCGCUGUCAGUCUGCAGUCUGCAUUUUACACUGCCCCCUUUGUUGGGAAAGAAAGCUAUGAACAGUCUUAAUGUUUUAUCCUUCGAUACAAAGUUUAAACAGAUAUGACAUAUCAGGUUGGAUGAGCGUUUACUCUGAAUAAACAGUUUCUUUUAAGGAUUUCAGUUUCAAAUUAUAAAAAUAAAUGUAGCGUGGAUUCAUUUGAAGUAUACGUCAUGAUACUUAUUUACUGCUGUCAAAAUUAACAGUUGAAAUUCAUUAUUUUUGGAACUUAAUUGGAAGUUCCAGAUGGCAUAGUUUGUAGAGGAGACUGGUUGAAAAGCCGGGAAACAUCAAAGAUGAAAACAACAGUGCUGGGCCAGUUUAUGUUGGACCUUGGAAGCUUCUUGACCGUGCACAAAAUUUUUUUUGUAUUUACAAAUUGUGACUGAAUAAACUAGGGCUACCUUCCGCGGCAAGUGGCAACGAGGCGGAUUCGUUUAUCUUUUGUGGAACGUGCCUAUUGAGAUCUUUGCGAUUUCUUUCAUAAUUUUAGAGGUUUAAAAUGGAUUCCGCUAUAGAAAAGGAUGGUACCCAACUUUGAAACAACAACUUUGGUACAUUCUAGGCUUUCACUUUUAUUAAACAACAUGGCUUGAAGCUCAGUUGGUAAAUAUGAGCAAGUUAGCACUUGUUUCAUGGAAAAUUCCAUUGUAUCAAAACUAUAAACGUUAGAAAGAAAAAUUAGUUCAAAUGAGGCCUUUGACUGCUUAAAUUAAAAAUAAUAAUUAAAUUUUGAGCAACAGUGUCAUCAGGGAUAAGAAAAAUAUUUCGCGUGAUACAUAGGAAAAAAUUGGUGUAAAGUAAAAUGCGUCAAAAGCGCAAGAAUGGGGCGGAAUGUAUCAGAGGUAUGAAAAUAUAAACUUGAAUGAAAUACAAAGAUCUAAUGAGCGAGUGUUACGGGACAAAGAGUCUCUCGAAAGGCAUAAUGAUAGUCUUCAAAACAAAAGGUCCGCAAAUUCGAUGCAUUCCUCACGGGAGUUUAGGGCUGUCUCAAUGUAAAUCGAGCUGCAAAAAGCAUGCUGGUUGACAAAAUCUCUCGAAAGAAAUGAAUAAACUCUAAGAAACAAAUGUCUGCAAAUACGUUGUAUUCACGGGAGGUGAGGACUGGCUCAAUGUAAAUCGACCUGCAAAGACCACGCUGGUUCUGAUAAAAGUUUUGAGAAUAUGCCUUUUCACAAAGGAAAGGAGAACACUGAAACCCUGGUUCUGAGUAGAGAAGAGAACACGCUACCUCAAUGUAAAUCGAACUGCAAAAAACAAGCUGGUUCUAACAAAAAUUUGAGCGUAAAACCCUAUUCCUUGAUCAGCUGCUGCUUUAAACGCAAUUUAUAAAGCAAAUCAGAGCACUUAUUGCCCUUUCAAACUAGAAAUUGUAUUAAAGCUUGCUCACCUGUUAGGUCCUCUUGAACAGACAAGGAACAGUUGCACACUGAAUCAUCCAAUUUCGGACCACGAGUUGUAAAUACAAUACAAGACCAUGACGUCACUACCCAAAUAUGGGGUCUUACUUACACCCAAAUGUGGUCAAAAAUGCAAAUUUUAGAGGGUCACGCAGAAUUUGAGAGUUUUUGCCUACAUUGCAGGGAGUUAUAUAAUUCUGCUUCUUAGCUCGGUUGCCUCGUUGGUAAUAAAUGUGAAAUUCAAAAUGAUAGGAAUGUUGUUGUUCAAGGUCCGAAGUCUGAAAAGCCAACAAUGCAUAUAACAAAUAAUUGUAACGGGUUUCAUUACACUUUAUUAACUAUGCACGGGGCAAAUGUUACGGCUAUACGGGUCAAUGCUACCAAUAAAUCCAUCCUUCAUUUUGGAUCACUAAGCGCCCACUCAAACAACGAGGAAUACCCCCGGUAGGCCACUUGCACUGAGAGGUCACGUGACUAAAGCGAGCUGGAAUCUUGCUCUAAUGCCAGAAAUUGACAGAACUUAUCUUACACCCGAAAUUUGAGAGGAUACACACUUAACGUACAUAUUUUAUGGCACUUUCAUUUUUCAACGAAGUAGAAUGAUUUGUAUUGGCCGCCAUGUUAGAGGGCAUACAUUUGCCCUCCAACAUGACAACCAAAACUACUUUUUGCUUGUGUCUUGUUAAAAGCUUGAUAGUUAGGCUCAGAUGUGCUGCAAACGUUACCACAUAAUCUUUUCAACAUUUUCCUUGAAAUUUAAGUGCCAAAUUUGUUUUCAGAAAGAGGUAAUUCAUUAGUUUAAAAAUCACACUGGUUAUGUGACCAGCUACGAACUUACUUAUUUUAACAAAAUAGUGAAGGGUUUGAAAAACCAAAUCACUAUUAUUUUGUUUAAAACAUAACCCACUAAUCGUUUUUCGAAGGUAAAAUCAUAUAAAUUUCAUUUUCAUAAAAGUGAUGUCAAAUGACUUCUAAGUACAAACGGUCUAUACAACUAAAUUAAUUGGGCAAUUGAUGCAGUUUGUCUUUCGGGCAAGCUACGAUGUUACAAAACUAAGUUGGUUUUAGAAUUAUUCAAAACUGAGUGGUUCAGCUUUUAAUUCAGUAGUUCAUGCCCUUGGUGAGGGAAGAUUUAUCUUCAUUUUUAUCCGCUUUCUUUCUUAGCAAUUUACUGCCCUAAACUUUCGCCUGUCAAGUUUGCAACUGUGCAACCCCCGGAGUGUGUCACCCAGCCAAUAAAAUUUGGUAGAUCGUGUCAAUUUCGCUGUCCUGACGGGUACUUUACUGAUGAUGAACUACAUGAGAGUAAAGCUUAUUUAGGGUGUCUGCAUAAUGGUACAUGGGACUUUCAAGUUCCUGAUUGCGUCGGUAAGUAUUUCAUUUUUUCUUUCUCCUUUUCCCUGUUCGGGUUUUUUACGUUCGACGCUAGGAGAACGCCUUCUAAACUCAAUGCGCAAUUCUAUUUUGAUCACUCCCCAGCUCGGGUAAAAUUUCAACCAAUCAGCAGAUCGGUGUAGUGACACAGCAUCUGUUUGGAAUUAGAGGACCCAUUCCCUAGAUGGCUUCGCGAAAUGUGGGCUCUUUUGUCAGCUAAAAUUCGAACGCACUUACCAUUCUCCAGUUAGUGUUAGUUUUCAAUAAGUAGACGGUGCUUUUAAUACACACAAAUAAGCAUAUGAGAUUAGUCACCACUUUUCUUUCAACCUGUUUUAGUCUGAACUUAAAAAUCAAUGUACGUGUAUAGAUCGCCAGCCUCCAAGAAUGUCCUGUCCCCUGUCUAAAAUAAGAGGAGUUACCACCAAAGGAAAAGCAACAGGAAAGGUAUCAUGGAGCAUCAAGGUGACAGAUAACUCUGAGAUUGUGGAUCCCAAUGCAAAGAUAACUGUAGACUCAAGUCAUCAGCCUUCUCAAGAAUUUCCCAUUGGCGUGACUGUAGUCCGUAUUAUCGCCACUGACAGUGCUGGGAAUGUCGGCCGUGAAUGUAUCUUUAAAGUUGAAAUCAGAGGUAAGGAACACAUCCCUCAUGCUCCUGGUACGCUGGCUAGCUGGCUUGAAACCCUUUGCACCCUUAUGACACAAAUUAUCAUUAAACAUCUCCUUACAAUGGCGGCACUGAUUUUAAUGAAAAAUAACGGUCUUGAGAAUACUGAAAAUGAUAACCAACUAGAGAGAACUAUAUUUUCUUCAUCAAUGCAACAGUAGCUUGGGCUUCUCGAGCUGAGAGAAGCGAGGAGUUGACGGCUGUAUUCUCAGGCGAAUGCAGCAAGAAAUGUAUAGAGACAAUAUUAAAUACAUCGGUGCAUGUUUUGAAUGAAUAAUUGUACGCAUAAGGUUCAAGGAGCUGCUAAGCUUUGUCGAGGGUCUCCUAUACGUUUCUCGGGAUCUGGGAUUUGCAUGCUUAUCUGGAAGCUGGUAUUCACGAUUUUACAGAAAAUUGAGAUUCGGGAGUGAAAGUAUGAACGGGAUGUGUGAUGCGGAAAAUACCCAUCGGCAUUACAGGAUUGAGCGAAAAUUUAGCGCGGGGUCGGGGUGGAGAGAGUGCAUGGAGAACGUACUCUUCUUGUCUUCUUAACUGCAAAAUGUACUGUGUUAUAGAAAGAAAUCCCUGAUAGAAAGCUAUAAAUUUUCUUUUGUAAUGCUUUCUCUCACAGAUAAUGAGCCACCAACGUUUAGCGAAUGCCCCAAGGACAUUGUGCGUGAAGAGAAAGUUUCUCUGAUAAGAGUGAAUUGGAAGCAUCCAGUGUUCUCUGACAAUUCGGGGGUGCUUCCCUCUGUCACUUCAAGCUUUCAAACUGGAGCAACAUUUCGGGUUCCUGGAAACUAUAAAAAUACAUAUAUUGCAAGGGACCGGUCUGGUAACGAAAACAAAAACUGUACAUUCAGGAUCAUAUUGAAAAGUGAGUUGUAUAAUGAGGUAGGGAGAUUACUGGUGGUGAUGGCAGUUAAGAGAAAGCCAGAAAGCAGAGCCCCAUGCAUUAAAGCUGCUUAAGAGAUACCAAUCUCGCAAUCAUAUAUUGCGCUCUUAGUUAUCCAGUCAGUCGCUGAAUACAUGCAGUCGUAUAAAUAUAUGCAUCGAUUGUUUGGGCGAGUCUUUCCCCCCAUACUUAAAAAACUUAUUUUAGUCUGCUCAGCGCAAAUUAAUUAAAACUCUUCCCAUUGUUAAUUGCCGCAACACGCGUAGAGAGUUCGUUGAUACCCUAAAAAUUUCCUCCUUUAAAUUGUUACAUGCACGGCGAGACGAUAUACAUGAGGCAUUUGCUACCAACUGAAGGUACAAACAUAUAGAAAAGACGAGUCUAAGGACUACUAGAACGUGAGAGUCUGACCCUCCCUUAUAAUGAAAUCCGUAUCCAUGACUAUAACCUCUAAUCAGCUGUCUAUAAGCCUGACUGUCGCAUCGAUAUGGCCAACACAACACUGACCACUUUGCAAACUUUGUAACAAGGGAGGUCUCUUCUUAAUUAGUUUAUGUAGUAGUUACUUUACUUCUAUAUGUGUUUGUUAGGAACCGUGAAAUGCUGACAUCCUCUAACAGUCACAGGGGAAAUGUGGCUAACCAAACUUGACUUGACUUUGAUUUGUUUAUUUUUUUUUCUCCACAGAAAGAACCUGCCAGAUUUUUCCUCCACCACGCAACGGUGCCCUGGCCUGCAUGACAUCAGAAUUUUAUUUGCAUUGUGCAGUAAUGUGCAGCAACGGAACUGACUUUGAAGAUACUCCCCCUCUGUUGUACUAUUGUUCUGGUGGGGAGUGGAAUUACUGGAGGGGGUUGCUUACACGUUACAAAAAUUCUAAUCCCUGGCCUAACUGCUCCUGUAAGUCU